GCGAUGGCGGCGGCCGCCUACGAGCUGCUGGUGCUGGGCGGCGGCUCCGGGGGGCUGGCGGGGGCCCGGCGGGCGGCCGAGCUUGGCGCCCGGGUCGCGCUGGUGGAGCCGCAGCGCCUCGGCGGCACCUGUGUCAAUGUUGGAUGCGUGCCAAAGAAGGUGAUGUGGAACACGGCGGUGCACGCGGAGUUUGUCCACGAUCACGCUGACUAUGGCUUUGAAACGGCGGGCAUCAAGUUCAACUGGAGGACCAUCAAGGAGAAGCGUGACGCGUACGUGCGGCGCCUCAAUGACAUCUACGAGAACAACGUUAAGAAGGCCCACAUUGACAUCAUCCGGGGCUAUGGCAAGUUCACCGCUGAUCCCGAGCCAGCCAUCGAGGUGGAUGGGAAAAAGUACACGGCUCCUCACAUCCUUAUAGCCACGGGAGGGCGCCCGGCUGUCCCUUCUGACAGCGAAAUUCCUGGUGCCAGUCUGGGGAUGACCAGCGACGGCUUCUUCGACCUGGAGGAGCUGCCCAGGCGCAGCGUCGUUGUCGGGGCCGGCUACAUCGCGGUGGAGAUGGUGGGGAUCCUCUCCACGCUGGGCUCCAAGUCAUCCCUGCUCAUCCGCCACGACAAGGUGCUGCGAACCUUUGACUCCCUGAUCAGCUCCAACUGCACCCAGGAGCUGGAGAAUACCGGGGUGGAUGUCUGGAAGCACACACAGGUCAAGAAGGUCACCAAGUCUCCACGCGGGCUGCUGGAUGUGACGGUGGCCUCGGCGGUGCCGGGCCGCAAGCCGACGGAGGAGGUGAUCCGGGACGUGGACUGCCUGCUGUGGGCCGUGGGGCGGGAGCCCAACUCCGAGGGGCUGCGCCUGGACCGAGUGGGCGUGCGGGUGGACCCCAAGGGCCACGUGGUUGUGGAUGAGUACCAGAACACCACCAGGAGAGGGAUCUAUGCCGUAGGGGAUGUCUGUGGGAGAGCCCUCCUCACCCCAGUGGCCAUCGCAGCUGGCAGGAAGCUGGCCCACAGGCUCUUCGAGGGCAAGCAGGACUCCAGGCUGGACUACGAGAACAUCCCCACGGUCGUUUUCAGCCACCCGCCCAUCGGCACCGUGGGGCUCACUGAAGAGGAGGCUGUGGCCAUACAUGGGAAGGACAACGUGAAGAUCUACAACACAUCCUUCACUCCCUUGUACCACGCUGUCACCCAGAGGAAGGUGAAGUGUGUCAUGAAGCUGGUGUGCGCUGGCAAGGAGGAGAAGGUGGUGGGGUUGCACAUGCAAGGGCUGGGCUGUGACGAAAUGCUGCAGGGCUUUGCCGUGGCCAUCAAAAUGGGGGCCACCAAGGCCGACCUGGACAACACCGUUGCCAUUCACCCCACUUCUGCCGAGGAGCUGGUGACGCUGCGCUGAGCCUGCGGGCACCGACACCCUGGGGAUGGCGGCUGCAGCUGGCAAAAAUGUUUCUUGUGUUUUCAAAAGUGCCUUACUGCUGGGUGGGUGCCUGGAGGUUGUGUCUGUAAGAUGGUGCCGCCGGCCUUUAAAAGAGAUGGAAGUGUCGUGGGACACGGAUCGGCCCUGCCGCUCACUGAGCCGUUUUUUAAACUAAAAGGGCAAUAUUCUGCAAUAAAUCCGUGACGAAGAUUCCGUGUUGACGUUCCACGGGGUAUGGGGGAAGCAGAAAGCGAUUCUCUGCAAGUCUCGAUUCCCUGCGUUGUGGAUGUUUUGUUGCUUCCAUGAGUAACACCUCUCCAUCUGAAGCUCUUCAGAUUCCAAAGUGAACUCGCCGCCUUUUGGGCUUCCAGGCAGAGGGAGUGUGAAUAUGAGAAAGUGAUGGGGAGACAGAGAACUGCAGCAGGGUGUGUGUGUGCGCAGGGAGAGCUGGGGUAGGAAUUUUAGAUAAAAUCCUCUUACCUGCAUGCAGAGGAUUACCUGUGAUGAUUCCAUACAGAGUUGUUAUAAUUUCACGCUGAGUUAUGCUGGAGAAGAAUUUGUUGGUUUAAAUUCACGUUAGGAUAGUUGUUUGUUCUCUCGAAAUAAAAUGAUUUGUUAAAGUAUGCCAGGAAAUAUGCCAGGAAUAAAAAGGGGAGUGUAAAAAA